AAAGGCUGCAGCAUGCAAGAAGGAGGUGAAAAAGACGGCGGCACUUGUGUCUCUGCGAGCUGUGUCGUUCUCUAGAUGUUCCCUUUUUGCAUUUGCACCAGAGCAGAGGUGCACACACACACACACACACACACACUAGGCAGCAGCAAUCAGCCACUCGGUGCAUGUCGGCUGGCCACAGGCAGCCCCCACAGGAAAACAGAUGCACAGUUGUCAGAGACAAAAACAGCUGCAGUGGCGGAUGGUGACUGCUAAUUCCAACUGGUACUGAGGAAGAGGAGGCGGUGGACACACAGCCGGCAGACGAAGGUCGACCUGCAUGUGGCAACAGCCGCUGAACAGCGGGCAGAGUCGAUGCAUGCUGUUCUCCAGCGGGAGAGAUCGAUGGCUGGGGGAGUAAGAGGAUGUGGUGAGCAGUAAACUACACGAAUGAAGAGGAUCCAAACCCAGUGAGCUGUAACCCAAUGUGAGGAUAAGACAGCUGGAGAACGUGAUGGACCGUGGACAGACACUGAGGUCUCCACACUGCUAAAGUGGAGCAUUUACCCUGCCGCUGACCGAGGAAGUUGAAGUACCACCGAUGGCCUUCUGGUUAGGAGCUGUGUUCGUGUCUCAGCAGACGGCACACACCGUGCUGCAUCGUAAGCGCAGAUAUAACACUGCUUUUGAAGAACUUAAACAAGGUAACCUGGAGCGGGAAUGUAUGGAAGAAAUUUGCAGCAUGGAGGAGGCCAGAGAGGUGUUUGAGGAUGAUGAGAAAACUAUGGAGUUCUGGGCAGGCUAUAUCGAUGGCGACCAGUGUAAGCCACCCCCCUGUCAGAAUGGAGGUGUGUGUAAAGAUGGGAUCAACAGUUAUCUUUGCUUGUGCCAACCAAACUUCAGUGGCAAGAACUGUGAGACUGAAAUGAACAAGCAGUGUUUGGUGAACAAUGGCGAAUGUUCUCAUUUCUGUGUAAUGAAGGCUAAUCAAGCUGUGUGCAGGUGCGCAACUGGUUACAUACUUGGGCCAAACAAGAAGAGCUGUGAGCCAAUAGAGCCAUUCAGCUGUGGUCGUGUGAAUCUGUCCUCCAGCUCUCUCACCAGGUCCAUUCUCGAACCAAGAUCGUCAAACUUCUCCUACAACGAUACCCGAAACGAUUACUUCUAUGAUGAAGAUAUAUCAGAGUAUGAUUAUCUGAACCAUCCCAUGACCGACUCAAACCCGAGCAAUGACUCUCUGGACUCUGAGGCUGUGAUUGGCCGUCGACAUGUGAGAAGUGUCACCGAUACACCAAAAACAAAGACAGAGAUGUCGUCCUGGGGGUAUGCCACACUCCCCAAUGUCACAGCUCAAGAGAAAACUGACCAAAGAAUUGUGGGAGGAGAUACGGCCAUUCCUGGAGAGAUACCUUGGCAGGUGGCCCUGAUGUCCCGCCCAGACAGCGUGCAGAGAGCGCGGCCCUUCUGUGGAGGAUCCCUGCUCGCUGACUUAUGGGUCAUCACUGCUGCCCAUUGUCUGUGGAACAACGAUGGCACAGAACGUAAAUUCUUCAUCAGAGUUGGUGAACAUGAUGUGAACAAAGAUGAGGGUCCAGAGCGAGACCAUGAGGUGGCCGAAAGGCAUCCCCACCACAAGUAUGAUUUCAAGACCUCACCAUAUAACCAUGACAUUGCGCUCCUAAAGCUUGGCAGUCCAGUGGACUUGUCCAACAAGCGGCGUCCCAUUUGCCUGGGCCCCAAAGACUUCAUACAGAACAUUGUGAGAGAAUCCACGGUCUCCCUUGUGAGUGGAUGGGGCCGGAUAAGGUUUCAAGGCCCCGAGGCCACCAAGCUCCAGAAGCUGGAAGUCCCCUAUGUGGACCGCACCAAAUGUAAACAGAGCAGCCGAGACCAUAUCACCCGAUUUAUGUUCUGUGCAGGCUUUGAAAGUGAACAGAAGGACUCGUGCCAGGGGGACAGCGGUGGGCCGCAUGCCACCAAUUACAAAGGAACUUGGUUCCUGACGGGCAUCAUCAGCUGGGGAGAGGAGUGUGCCAAAGACGGGAAGUAUGGCAUCUAUACCCGGGUCUCACACUACUACAAAUGGAUUAGUAACGUAACACAGAUCAAUAUAAACGAUUAACAGGAUUCAUGAAUCAGCUGUAAAAAUAAACAAGUAGCAUGUGUUGAGUUUAGCCCCCGAGGAAGUGAAUGAAGUGAGAAAUCCCCCGUGUUCUUUUUUAGUACCUCAAUAAAACAUAUCAACUUAUCUGAGUGUUUGAGUAUCAUAUGAUGAUGACAAAUAUGAUUUAAGCAAAUUUGCAUCUACAGGAAGCUCUAUAUGAAUACCCCAUUUUAUCAAUGAAAUGAAGUGGUAGUGAAUUUUGCUUGGCCAUUAUCCUGCUCUAAGACGCGCCAUAACACUAACAAGAGGAUUAUAGACGUAUCGUUCAAGCAAAGGCUAUACAAAAGGGACAAAUCACAUCAGUCAAGCUGAAACAAGUCCAGUGUUUAUAUUUUCAGAAAAUAAUUCUAUACAUAAUCAGUAUUAUUUAAAAAAAUACAGUGCAAAUAAGCAAAAGCAGCAAACACCAAGUUAAAGCACUGCCACGAAAAACGCUAAAGCCUAACUGAACUAAUCCAUUAAUAACUUCUGAUGUUACAGUGCAGCCAGCGCUGGGUGGAUUUCAAAUCAAUUUAAAGUGAUGAAAUGUUAUUUAGUAUUGCGUAUCAGUGAACAUGCUUCAUUUGGAUGGUCGAGCGCUCACUGUCAAACGAUUCAAUGCUCCCACUGUGGGUGCUGAAUACCGUGAAAAUUAAUCUUUACUUAGUGUACAAGCUAAUGUUGGAUUUACUGCUACUACAAGGAUUUGAUUCAAAUAUUCUUGCAAUAAAUUCAUUUCUUCACUUGA